AUGAAGGUGACUGUGAGAGAGACGAGCAUGAUAAUGAUUCGGCCUGCAGAAUGCAGGCCGCGGCAUAGCCUGUGGCUGUCGAACUUGGACCUUCUGCAGCUGAGAAAUCACGUCACUACAAUCUACGCAUACAACAAGCCAACAACAGCAGGAACUUCUGCUUUGUCCUUCGAGUUCUUCGACAUCAAAGUGCUGAAGGACGCUCUGAGCAAGGCCCUGGUGCCAUUCUAUCCGGUGGCAGGGAGGCUUGGGAGAGACGCUAAUGGGAGGCUCGAAUUGGAUUGCAACGGCGAAGGAGUUCUGUUACUUGAGGCGGAAACAGAGACUGCCCUAGCUGAGCUCGGGGAGUUCAUACCCGUGCCAGAUGGUAGAGAGUUCUCGCCCGGGCCAGAGGUUCAACUCACGGAGCUGGUUCCUAGAGUCGAUUACUCCAAAGGGGUUUCUUCUUACCCACUGCUGAUUCUCCAGGUAACAAGGUUCAAGUGUGGCGGAGUAUGUCUUGGAAUCGGAAUCCACCAUACUAUAGCCGAUGGGGAAUCAUCACUGAGCUUCAUCAACACUUGGGCGGACAUGGCUCGGGGUUUACCCCUAACAGCCACCCUGUUCUGGGACCGCACCAUUCUGAGAGCUCAACAACCAGCAACCCCGAAGUUUCACCAUACCGAGUACGACCCUCACCCUACCAUGAUGAUCGCUAACAACAGCGAGCAAAGAGCUCCGAAACCAGCUACCGUCGGCAUACUAAAGAUCACACCAGAGCAGCUCAACACCUUAAAGAUCAGGGCCAAUUCCAGAUACAGCACCUACGAGAUCUUGACAGCACAUAUAUGGCGCUGUGCAAGCAAAGCACGCGGCUUUGUUGAUGAACAGCCAACCAAACUGCAAAUAUCAGUUGAUGGAAGGUCAAGGCUCAACCCUCCAAUCCCUGCAGGGUACUUCGGCAAUGUGAUCUUUCACACCACACCAGUUGCUCCGGUGGGAGAGCUCAUCAGUGAGCCACUGGCACAAACAGUGGAGAGGAUUCGGCAGGCGAUAAGCAGGAUGAAUAACGAGUAUCUAAGGUCAGCUAUAGAUUACCUGGAAGAUCCAAGCAGUCCAGAAGGUAUCAUACGAGUUCCGGGCCACUGUCGAUCACCUAACCUGAAGGUGGUGAGCUGGAUGCGGCUUCCAUUCAAAAGUGCUGAUUUCGGAUGGGGAAGUUCCAUUCUAUUUCGCAAAGCAGAUAUCAGCGAAGGAACGGGGCUUAUCUUGCCUAGAAAUCCUGACGGAACUCUGUCCUUGGCGAUUUGCUUGGAAGCUGAUGUGAUGGAGCCUUUCAAGAAGCUGCUAUACGACUCUGCUGGUCCUUGA